CGAUCGCCGAUCUCGCGAACCAGUCGAUUUAGUUCCUGAAAACAAAUCCUUUAAAACCGUCGUGAAUACUUCGACCGAGACGCGGGGGCGGCGGCGAUGUGCAAAUUUGCUCAACGAAACAGCAACGAGAAUGCGUGGUAGCACAGCCGGUCUGCCAGAAACCUGGCAGGGCAGUAACACCACUUACUACACGCUGAUCACCGUCUUGGAUCUUCUGUUCUCCUCCUUGGUGGUGUGCCCAUGCGUUGUCGGUUACUGGCGUAGCGUUUGGACCCUCAUGGACAUCUACGUCUUUCCCAGCGACAAAUUGCUGAGUUCGACCGUUUCGAUCGUAAUAGGGACGAUCGGGCAUCUCUUCUUUCUCACGUUUCAGACGGUGCUCGAAGCGCGUUUUCAUCCCAACAGGAAUCGGAUCCUGUUUUACGUGGUGAGCAGAACGUACACUGUGUGUUUCGCGUUUGUUUGCGUGAACGGUUGGCGCGGACCGUGGGAUAUUUUGAGCGUGCAAACCAACAGCGACAUCAAGAACCUGACGGUAAUGACUUCCGUGGGGUUAGUGGCUCUGAUCUCGAUGAGGGCACUGAGAAACGUCGCGUCGCCGCCUUGCGUCAUAGUUAACGACAACGUCAAGGGGUACUUUGAGGUCCUCACCAUGUUCAGAGUCACGAUUAAAGACAAAUUCUCGCUCUUCGUGUUGGACUGCAUCUUUUCAGUGUUGGUCGUCGGCAAUUUGGUAGUGUUUGUUUGGCGGGGUUUGUGGAUUAUAAUCGAUAUAUUGCUGUUUCCUAACGACCCCGAACAUUCCACUCACGGCAGUUUGAUAUUGGGCUACUCUAUCGUCGGAUUGGUAUACCUCAUCCAACCCUUUAUGCGAAACCUCUGCAGCAGACUGUCAGGAGCUCCUCGGCUUCUUGUCGCCGAUGCCUUCAUAAUUGUCUCCCUAAUCGGAACAAUCAACGUCUGGAGAGGGCUGUGGAAAUUCUUGGAUCUGUAUUUUCUACCUGACGACGUAGAACUGAGUUGCUGGAUGGGUUUGGUGAUAUCCCUGGUUCUUCUAAUACUUCUCGGUUGCUCCAACUCAUUGUUGGUACGCGGCGUCUACAUAGACGCCGAAGAAUCGGACGGCAGAUGCGUCGUCUUUCCCUGCUACUAUCUAAGGUUAAUAUUCCAGCAGGAGAAGCUGAAGAAAUUAAACAAAGUCCAGAAGUUCAAGAGCGUCGAUCACAACCACAUAGCUGUCGGUAUAAGUACAGUCAGUCAAAUAGUCGAAGACACAUGUUUAAAGGAGAACAAUGUAUUGUGAGUGUAGAUGACGCGGAUUGUUUUGGUGUAGGUGAUGGUGCUGUGAUAUGGCGGAUAGGGCGGACCGUAACAAUACCGAAACUUUUGGAAAAAACGGUAGUGUGUAGUUUUAAGUGCAGCUGAUUCUCGAUUUUAUUUCCGUGUAUAUAGGUAUUUAUUGAGUACUUUACUGAUGUAAAUAAACCAAUUUCCUCUUGCGAAUGCGUUAUCGAAUUAAAUUGCACCAUGCUUGUUUUCUUUCUGGAUAAAAUAAGAUAUUUGGGAAUAAAACGAAAAACCUACCAAACGCAAAUCAAAGAUCGAAAUAAUCAAUAUUCUACAAAAAUGGUUUACAUAGAUACAUAGAUUACAUAGAUAACGAAAAUUUUAAGGGUGUCUGUCAUGGGGACAUUGGAAACAAUAAGAGAUACCAAGAUUGUUAAAUAGGUAUUAAUUUUUCGAAACUUUUAUUGCUUGAAUUGUCCUAUAUUUUCAUCAACUUAUUUAAUUUAGCUUUCUGAUAACACAGUCAUCUUAACUACUGAUUUUGCUUACCAAUACCAAUAGAUAUAAUUUUUCGGUGCGUUAAAAGUUCAGGGUCCGAGGUAAGUAAUAAUAAAUUUAAUAGGUCAGGGUUAGUGUUAGUCCCAGAUGUUAUGCGGAUAUCGUUCAAAUGAAGCUUCUUGAUUUCCUUGUGAUUCGCUUCAAGAGCCUGUGACAAUUGACCUAGAGGAAAAAUAAAAAAACUCAAUAACUAUGUGGAUACUAGAAGGCAUAAAAAACCAACCUGAUAGAUUUAGAGGUUCAUUUAAUAAUUGAAGAAACUUAUCAACAUCUGUUUUAUAUACGCUGGCCAAUUAUGGAAAACUUAGUUGCCAAUUGUUGAUGAAUUUUAUUUUAGCGCUUAAUUCUGGAUUUUUAGAGAACAUUUUAGCAGUUAUAUUUACAAAACUUCUGGACUCCUCCAACGUCGGUUUUUGUUGAAUCUAACUUGCUGACGUCCCAGAACAACAACAACCGAAGCAGGGGGAAUCUAGAGGUUUCGUAAAUAGUAUUGCAAUAGUGAAAGUUUCUUUGAAAAAUUAACCUUCUAGCAGUAUUCCCAUCUGUUGUUGAUCUAAAAUCUAAAUAUAAAAUUCAUUUUGGACCUGACUAUUCUUUUUUUUUAUGUUUUCGAAAAUUUAUUUAUAUUCGUCUUUAAUAUUCCCAUGACUUGAUGAAGAUACUCAAUAAAUCUCGUUUAACAAAGCAAAGUGGACAAAGCAUAGCGAACGUUUGUAACAUAGUGCAAAAAAUUUCAAAUUUUAUUUCUAGAUGCCUAUUAUUAAAAGAAAUUUUAUAAGAUCCAAUUUAAACUAAUCAUUUUGGUGUUAGUUUAACGUUCUUGCUCGCGAAUCAGUCAGUUAUGGCGUUUCUUUUGUGAAUGCAAAUUUAACAUGCCUACAGAAAAAAGUCGAGAGACUGGAUUUGAUUCGUUUCUUCAUUAACGAAUUUUUAGGGAACUGAUGCUACCAAAUAAAUAUAUUCGUUAGUUUUUAAGUUUUCCCAAAACUUUUGCUUAUAUGGACUGUGACCCGAUCUCCCUUCCAUUCCCUAUUUGCAAAUUAUUUUGAGAUGAAAAUUAUACUCACAAUAUUGCAUAAUUUUAAAAUACUGUAUUCUAAGCCGGGCUAUAGUGAGCCCCCUAAGAAAAUGAUAUCAUUCUGAUUUUGUUCGUGGUAAUAUGAAAACUAUUUCAGUUUCUGUUUAGUUUUAUAUUUAUCAACUUUCAUUAUAAAAUGCAUUUUUAACGUAAUCUAGCCUAACCACU